UUACGCUGAGCCAUUUUCCCGCUACACCAUAUGUGUGUACGCUGUAUCAUUCUAAAUUAGGCUGAGCCAUUUGACGCAACGCUACACCGUUUGAAUACUGUAUUGCAAAUGGGUGCUAAGCUAUUCGUAAUUGAGCUAGUCCAUUUCACAAUCUCGUGUUCCAACUCAACCCGUUUGUGCGUACGCUGUGCUACUCGACGUUACCCUGAGCCGUUUAACGCAACGCUACACCGUUUGAAUACUGUAUUGCAAAUGGGUGCUAAGCUAUUCGUAAUUGAGCUAGUCCAUUUCACAAUCUCGUGUUCCAACUCAACAUGGGCUACUAGACCGUUUCUCAUUUGGCUAAACUAUUCAUGUUUAGGGUGUUCUGUUUCACGAAGGAAAACUAGACUGUCUAUAAUUUGGCCAUGCCAUUCCUUUAUUAGCUAUGCUAUCCUGCAGCUGAUCCUUACACCAUCUUUGUAUUUGCUGAUCUAUUUGACAUCCUUGUAUUUUUUGGUGGUGACGGCCGCCCAUAUACUUAGAUUUAACCACCCGACUAGUAUAUUGGAUUCAAGCAGCCAUACCAGAAGCGAAAUAGCUCACAAGGUAAUUGCGUGAAAAAAGGGUCAAAUGAAAUUUGUGGAACCUCAAGACAUGGUAAAUAUGUGAGAAAACAUGGCCAAAUGAAGUUACACGAAAAUUGACCUGAAGACAAGAAUUAAAAUCGCUUACGCGGCGUAACAAUCUAUUUCCAUAUCUAUCGUUGGGAUUGUUUUUUUCAGCGCUUACCGUAGAGAAGACAGUAACAAUGUUAAACACUGAAUUGUCAGACAAUUGAAUCGUUUCACAUUGGCCUCUCGCCGAAGUGUGAUAGAAAAAAAUUUCCCUUGUAGAAAAAUCGAAUAGGUGUGAUCGGUGAAUCCAAGAGAUUGUGGAGGAAAAUCUGGUCUCUAAAAGGGAGAGCAUAUUAACUUUUAAUCAGCGAAUUCAGAAUUAUACAGACCAGACCCAGACCUUCCUGGUUUUUUUGUUUUUUUACUCCUCAUCGCUACCAUCGCACUGUUUACUAUUGCGCAUCGUAACUGAACGCCUGGAACGGGCUGGGUUACGAUGAGAUCCUCGAGAAAAGACCAUUUUACAGCUUCGAGUCUGAAGGAUCUCUUUGUCAAUUAUAUCCUUUACAUCUCUCAUUCAAGUGGCUCAGAAAAUACUAAGUUUUUUGUUGAAUGCUCAAAGUUAAAAAUGAGCUGAGAACUUCUUGUGGCUUUAAAUAAAGAUAUCGUAGCCCAGGGAGCUUUCUCUCCUUUUCCCUUUCCUCGUUUGCAUUUGGGAUGGACUGUUUCUAAUCCUUGAGUUGAGAAACGUUAUCACAUGUUCAUUCUUUGUAUCUGUUGCAGCUGCCUCCCUGACUCCUGUGACAAGUGGUCGUAAGUAUUGAUAACCUUUCUUUAUUGUUUUUUUAGAGGGCACGGUAACGAAUCCUGCGAUCUGAUUGGUUCUUUACCCGGUCAGUAUUUUCCUAUCUCUGCCCACGGGCCACGGUAACGCUUUCGUGAGUCGCCGAGUACAUCCCAACUUUCGUUGUCAUUUUUUCAUAAAUAUACCUCGUUUUCCGGCUGGGCAGUAUUUUUAAGCAAACACGUCGGUCACUACCUCAAGCCGAUAAAUAACUUAUGAAUCCUCUCUUUUCUCUCUAUCAAAUCAAUUUGGUUGACAGAAAAAAUAUUGGUUUCAGAAUGAAUUUGAAUAAACAAUAGUGUCAUUACGAAGUUGAUAAGCGGCCUAAAAACCGUCUGCAAUUAAUUUUAAUCGUUCACAAAAAGUACCCAGAAAGUUGACACGCGAAGUAUUUGAUUACAGUUAAACUGAACGAUGGAACUUUCAUUCAUUUAAUAUCUGAAUUUUCUCGAGCAAUUUGUUCGUAGUGAAAGAGCGAGCGAAGUUUUAAUUUAAGUUCUACUACAAAUAUACGCUCCCAGUAAGUCUUUCCAAUUCCCUUCAAGUUAGACAUUUGUACCGUAAAUUGCACAACAGAAAUUGAAGGAAUUUUUUGAGAAAAGGCCGCAUUAAAUUCCCUUGUGUCUCGUUGGAGUGUGCCGUUCGAAUUUAGUUUUUGUGAAGGAAAGACCAGAGUCACACACGCCAUUGCAGCAAACAAACGAGCAAACUCUCACAACUUCAAAGUAAAAAAAUUGAAUUUACUCACAAUUACUUUCCUCGCCGUUUACUUAAUGAAUAGAGGUAAAUCUUCGUACAUGAAUGAAUGGUCGAUGAGAGUGAAUAAUACUUUCCGUUAGAUCAUUGACAUCAUUGAAGAAAACAUUGUCGUGACAGUCCUUGCCAUACUAGUUCUGAUGUUUUUCAAAUGUUCCUACGCUUUUUUUUUCUUGCGCGCUCUCUAAUUGACAGGUGUCAGAUUGUGACAGAUACUUGUAAAAAAAUGUUUCAAAGUUUGUUUCGAAGCCUUUUAAAUCACCUUUAUCGUUACGGAAAUGAAAAUGUUUCGCUGAGGCAUCUCUCUUUAAUUUGCAUCACCUCUAUUUUAACUACCAUUUACUCACUCAAAAAUUGUUCAGUUUAUGGAAGAUCUUGCCGUAUUUACAGCCCUAAAUCAUUCGGGUUCUUUCGGAAAGAAUUUCGUCAAGUUUAAAAACAAUAAAUAUGUUAUUUACCGGCUAAGUGUCGGUCCAUAUGGUGAAAAACUGUGACCUCGGUCUUGAAAAUGCUGCCCUCGGCCUACGGCCUCGGGCAGUAUUUUCAAGACCUCGGUCACAGUUUUUCACCAUACGGACCUCCCAGCCGGCAAAUAACAUAUAUAUAUUUCUGCAUUUUAAACGGCGGUUUUGCAGUAUUGUAUUUCAGUCCACAGCAUUUCUUUUUACUACUAAUAAUUUGGUGACAAUAGUAUAAAACACAUUUUCAAUUCUCUUUCUGCUGUAGUAAGAAAUCAAAACAGUGACUUAAAGAUGCUCUCCUUUUCAGCCUGCAUCCCUCCUGGAGAAUCCAUUACUGCUACUAGUGGUCACAUUUCCAGCCCCAAUUUUCCCAACAACUAUGACGCAAACAGGAUUUGUACCUGGAAUAUCACAGUACCCGCUGGGAAAAUCAUCAAACUGACCUUCUUCUACUUUACCCUGGUAGUAGGUGAAAACGAUGAUUGUAGUGGAGCUGCAGCAGAUAGUGCCCGAGUCUUCCUCACAAACCUUGCCUCUUAUGGAGGAAAUCCUAAUGACCUUAAGAUCUGUGGUCAAAAGCUUCCCCCUCCUCUGUACUCCGAGGGAAACUUCAUUCAAAUGAGAUUUGAAUCGCGCACCGGCCUUGUAAACAAAGGGUUCAAUGCAACCUUUCAGGCGAUAGAUGGAGGUUCACGUAAGAGCUUUUUCUUCAGGUGUAGUUUAUGAAACAUGUAUAGAAGUGUACUGAGCAUGUACUCUAUUGAACUAAGCGAGAAUUUUGUUGAGCAUAACCUGAAAAUAAUGAGGUAGACAAUCUAUGAACAGCUAUAGUCUGUAGAAAGAAAAUUGAAUGUAUUUCACUCGGACGCAAGCUUUUUAUAUUUCAUGUCAGUUACACUGGUAUAUGUUUAAACCCGUCAACAUACGGAAAAGGAGCUGUAGACUGUAUUGGAAAUCAACCAGUUAACCACAGUGGAGUGUAAAAAUCAAUACUAAAACAGUUUUGGAUGCCUGACACAGUCUUUGUUACUCUUUUUAGUGUGCCCAGCAGAUAUGAUCCUCGAUGAAACAUCAGGUUCUUUCUCCUCUCCAUUUAAUCCAAGAAACUAUCCAUCCAACCAGACAUGUAGCUGGAAUAUUACAGGGAAACAAGGAUACCGUGUUGAGCUCACAAUACCAGACUAUAAUCUUGAACGUUGUGGUGGCGCUGCUUGCUCGUGUGAUUAUAUGGAAGUUCAGAAUAGCUUCAGUGAUGAAGCGCAGCCUGGAAAACUAUGUGGUACACCUAGGUUUACUCCUGUAAAGUUUUAUUCACUGCACGAAAGCUUGAGGGUGGUUUUUGUGUCCGAUGAUGCAAACAUGGAUUAUGACGGAUUUGGGGCAACUUACAAGCUGUUGAACUACAGUCCUCCAAGUAAGUAGAGAAAACAACUUUGGUACAUCUAAGAGAUCGUAUCAAGUGACACCGCUUGUUUGCUGCUUAACUGCCACAAAAAUUAAUAAAAGACAUAUACUCUUCUCUUCUACUUAUUAAGGAACAGUAAUUAAUCAUCACCACGAAGGGGAGGGGGGAUGGAGCAUUUUGGUUGUUUACCAACAAAAUUUACCCGAUCUCUGAUAUUCUGUAAUAUUCUUAUAUUCUGCCCUUAGUGGCAGCUAAUUGGCAGUCAACUUUGUAAUGUUUCCCAUUUAAACUCUGUUGGCGACGACUAACCCAUCUACUCCACCUCAAAACCAUGAUAGUUUCCCCACAAAACUCCCUUCAUCCCUUCCCCGGGCUAUCAGAUAGCAGGUUCCUUACUACAUUGGUCUGAGAUCACCAUCUUCAAUAUAUUUUUUUUUUGCAAUUGUGCACUGCCCAAAGUCAAUCUCCUUUUUGAGUGCCAUAUGCGUAGCUUCUCUUCCACAUCAAUCCAUGAUUAGUCUCCCACAUUCACAUAGGCAUUGUCUUUUUUACAGUUUGUCCAAGGGAAGCAAUUCCUCUCUCAGGCAGCGGCAAAAUAAGCAGCACCAACUACCCAAAGAGUAAUUACACUGCUUCCAGAAACUGUACCUGGAAAAUUACCGCACCAGUUGACAAAAAGAUACAGUUUGAGUUUACUGACUUUGCCUUAAGUGAGUGUUCAGCCAGUCCUUGUUCGGACUCUUGUUCUUAUGUGGAGCUUUAUGAUGGUGGGUCAACAGGUUCGCCCUUACUGGGGCGAUUUUGUCAGGGGUCGCCACGGAAUGAGCUUCAGUUCUCGACUGGAAACCAAUUGUCUGUGAUGUUUCAUCCUGGACAAACAGUUGCUCGUGGAUUUGAAGCAGAAUUUUCAACAGAGACAAAAGCGACGAACGAAACAACAACAAGUACUGAAUCAAAAAUAAGAACUGAUUCAAAAAUGGCAACUACGACGAGUUGUAAGUACUCUGUAAACUUUCUUUGCACUGAAUAUUCCAGAUUAAUCGGACGUUUGUUUUAAUUAGAACAAUUAAACCGCAGUCACCAACCUCUUUCAUCGUCUUAACCCUGAAAUUAUCUUGAAAUGCUUUGCUCUUUCAGUGACUGGUUCCAAAUAAGAGACAACAUGUAAGCUCUGCCAAACAUCCUUGAUUACUUUUUUACAAUUGCAAUAGUGUGUUACGUUCAAUGAACAAAAUAAUGUUGGUGGCUGGGGGUACUUAGCUUUCAAAGAAAAUAUUUAAUAUACAAAGACGUUUUUAUUUUAACUAUCUUAUUUCGAAGUAACAAAUCUCGGUUCUCGCCAAAAGUACCUUAACCCUUAAAACGACCCUGUUCUUUGUGAGUCCAUUACAGGCUGACAAUCAGUUCUUUGAAAUGAUUCAUAAGUGCGAUAAAUCCAAGGGGUGGGGUGAGGUUUGUUGACGACCUUCUAUUGGGUUGACAGAUUACAUAAGUGACUGAAAUUAUUAGAGAUCUUUAACCUACAUAUCUUUGACAAUCAAUGAUCAUCAUAUGCUAUUACUAAAGUAAGCAGUUCUUAAAGACUUUCUAAACAUUUUCAAUUAUUUGUAGUGCCAAAGAAAUCCUUAUCGGCAGGUGCCUCCGUAGGAAUAGCAUUGGGUAGUGUGGCUUUUGUUCUACUCGUCUUUAUAAUGGUUUACUCUUGCCAUCGUCACGGUGAGUCCGUUCGCUUCCUUUCUUAUGGGAGAAGGGUCUGAUGCAACAAUCACCUCCUAGUUCGUCCUGUGCUGGGUAGGGUACCUUACUUUUGAGAUUUCUUAUGACGAGGAUAGAUGA